AUGGACGCCAAUAUCAAUGCCAACCUCAAUCCCAACCCCGAACCCAAUGCCAACCCCCAGCGCGAAACCAAGAUAUCCAAGCCCGGUCUCGCUGGCCUCCCCUCUGAAAUCCUGGUGACUAUCUUUGAGAUUACCGGCGAACGCAGCCUCUACAACCUCUCCAGUGUCUGCAAGAAGUUCCAUGGCCUCGCGACCGCCGUGAUGUACGAGAGUCUCUUCCACGUCAUCCACCACGACGACCCCAUCCUGACCCAGCGCUCUCUGGCCCGCUUCACCGGCAUGAUGGAGGCCGUGAACAGCAGCAACCAGAAGUACGGGGACCUGAUCAAGACGCUCGCGGUCAAGCAGAUCCCGCGUUUCGAGUCGGACAAACAGCCCGUUUUGAGCAAGAAGCCGGAGCAGACGUCUGAGACGGGCAGGUUUUUGGGCGCUUUGGUGGCGAUCACACUUAGUAGGACGGGGGGGUUGAGAAGAUUUGACUGGGACAUCCGUCUCGAGCUCACUCCCUCCGUGUUCAGGGCGCUCGGCAAGAUUCCUGAGCUGACGAACGUUCGUCUUCGUCUUCCGGUGCGUCAGCGAGUCGCAUCUGCAGAGCUCGUGAUCGGGAAGAUGCUGCGGGCAGCGCAUUACCACUUCAGCGAGAACAACCUGCCCACUCCGCUGUCUCAGAACAUCUCCCCCACCGUGGAGGCUCAGAUCCUGCGAGAACUCGGGCAGGCGCGCAACACGCAGACGCUGUCGCGGUUCUCUGGACUGAAGAGUCUCGCGGUGCUGGAAAUCGAGGACCUGAAAGUCUUGCUGGAGCUCUCGCAGUGCAUCUCGCAGUGCUCGUCGACGCUGAAGUCGCUGGAGCUGUCGUUCUCGGACGAGCUGGCGAAGAGAUCCCGCAAGAGAACCCUGGGCAACACCGCCCACGUUGAACUCUCCGCGCAAGAAGGGUUCAUGAUGAACGGCCAGCUCUCAAACACUACCCUGGAGCAGCUGUUGUCCCCGGUGGCGCCCGCGAACCCUCCCCUCCCCCCCGAUCCGAUUAUCCGUCGCGAACGACUCAUUCAGGAGUUGGUUCUGUCGUAUAUCUUCAAGGUGUGCGAUUCGAGUCGUAAGGACAUGGGGUUGGAGAAGGCUCUGGAGAGCGAGUUCCAAGGCACGUACACGCAGUACACUCCCAUGCCCGAGGAGGUGCAGGACCGCAAGUUCGUCCGCUCUCUGCGCUCUCUGUCGCGCAUCCUGCCGAGAAUGAUGGUCGUCAACUCCGAAAGCACGAGCAUUCUCCAGGUGCUGACCAAGCUGGAUAAGGCGACGAGCCAGUACCUUGGACGGCAUCCUCAGCACAAGAAGACCUCACUGUCUGACGCGGCGCUGGAGAACAAAUCGGUUCCUGACUUCAACGCUCCGCCUCAGCCUACUCUGGCCAGCAGCAGCAAACUGCACCCUUUCGUUGCUCCGAGCGUCAAGCAGAAAGAGUCGGAUCCGACGGAUUUCAUCGACAUGGAGUAUCCUGAUGUCAUCGAGAGUGAAGGGGAGGACCAGGAGUUUCUGGACGACGAUGCGGAGGUUUAUCAUCCGGUGGAGGACUGCAAGGGUAAGAAACCGAUGCAGGCCACCGCAGAACUAGGCAAGCUGCAGAUCCCCAAAGACGUCAAAGGGAAGCAGCCAGUCCGCGGUGGUCUGGCUAAGGAGCCCGGGCCUUCGUUCGACAAGACCCUCGAGGAGUACAUCCAGAAUACUCAUGGUAUCCCGCUGGAGCGGCUGUCGAUCCACCUCAUCCCGGUGACUCCCAUCGUGCUCAGCCACGCGGUGGACAUGUUCGCCCUACGACACCUGUCCCUGCUCAACGUCGGCCCGCAAGGCCACCUGUGGGUUCUGCUGAAGCGCUUCAACCAGAUGCGUACCCUGCAGCUGACAUCCAUCCACACGGACAACGUCACGCCCGCGUUCAUGUCUUUCGUCGGCAGCAUGGAAAGGAUCACCGAACUGUUCCUGUUCGAGCGCAGCAGCUCCUCUAAGGUCGAGUCCCUGGCGGCCAAAUCGACCAUCACGAUCGUCAGCAUCCGAAAAGACAUCCUGGCCAGACACAUCCACCACCUCCGUCGCCUGGUUAUCCGUAACGACGACACCAACAACUGGGCCGCCGAUGCGCGAAGCGUCCAGCUGAUCACCCACCACGGAACCAGUCUGAUCGAGUUGGGUCUUCCCAUCUGCACGAACAGUCUUCACUACAUCAUCCAGCAGAUCGGCGGCAUGACCUCCCUGGUAGCGCUGCAACUCUUCUGGCACCGCGCCGACAUGUGCUCGAGCAUGCUGCGCGAGGUGCAGUCCAGCCUGGUCGACAGCAUCCUGCACUUCUCGCACCUCCGCAUCGAGUACGUGGCCAUGUGCUAUAUCAUGUACGGACCGGUUGCCAACUCCGCCAUCCAGAUCAAGGGACGGGUGGCCCAUCUCGCCGACGCGGACGUGCUCGAUGUCGAGGAGGCCGCGAUCGGCAGUCCGACCCUGACCGACUACCUCCCCGCCAACACGGCCUUCAGCAUGGCGGAGGGGGAGGAGGACGUCGGGAUCAUGAUCGGCAUUGAGGUCAACACGCGCGUCAAUCUGAAGAUCGAGGAUAUCUCGGGAAUCAAGAUGUGGGAGAAGGGGACUUGGGAGAUGAGAUUGUAGUUGGACUUGGGGUGAGGUGGUGGCUUUUCUUCUCUCUUGUUCUGCUUGGCCUUUUUU